GCAUAUACUGUAUAACAGGAACUUAACAUCACAAAGAGGCAAAACCAUAAAAAUAGGUUACAAUAGUAUAAUUGUGUGCUUUUUUUUGUUUUGUUUUGACGAUUUAGUUUGCUUUUAAAGUGCGGAAAUAUGCCACCAUAAGGUUUCCGGGGGGCUCUAUUAUGGUGGCGUACCCAUAACAAACCAGGCGCAAGAUGUUCACACUGACUUUUAACUAAUUUUAUGUUACCUACAUCCACUCUUAAGUCUCAAUUUCAAAUCUAGAGGGGACAUCUGACUCGCAAACAUGUCUCUAAAUCUUUUGACAGGCAUGGAGACGUCCGCUGUUUCUGUACUAAAGAGGGCGGUGGAGUUGGACCAAAGUGGCCGCUUCCUGGAGUCUCUUAUCUGCUACCAAGAGGGCGUCCAGCUCCUUAUAGACGUCCUAAAAGCAGUGACCGAUGAGUCAAAGAAGGGGCACUACAGGGAGAAGAUCAAAGGAUACAUCGACAGAGCAGAGCAAAUUAAAGCCCACGUCAACCAAAUGAAAGAAGACGGGAAGUACCACGAACAGAUCAGAAUAACUGAGGACGCCACAGGUUACAGCUAUGAAGCAGUCUUCAAGCCUUACAUCAGCGGCUCACUGACAGAAGCCUGGGUGGAAGAUCCCUACAUACGACACACCCACCAGCUGUACAACUUCCUGCGGUUCUGCGAGAUGCUGCUCAAAGCAGCCUGCAAAGUGAAGACCAUCCAUCUCCUCACAUCGUCAGAUGAAGCUGACGCUAGCCAACAGAGAAGCGCCAUGGCCGAGCUGAAGGACAGCCUCAACGCUCAUGGCGUCACUUUGGACCUGCAGUACUCCUCCACCAUCCAUGACAGGGAGAUCAGGUUUGAUAACGGCUGGAUUAUCAAAAUUGGAAGAGGGCUGGAUUACUUCAAGAGACCCAAAGGCCGAUUCUCCGUUGGAUAUUGUGACUACGACCUGAGGCAGUGCCACGAGACCACAGUGGACAUUUUCCACACAAAACACACUAAAACUCUAUGAGGAGAUAUUUCCUUCUUUUUAAAAAAUAUGUCAUGUUGAUUUGUCUUACCCAUUAUCGUGUAUAACAAUAAUUUAACCUUUUCAUAUUUUUUUGCUCUUGAAAGAAAGUGGUGUUUCUAUCUUUUGGUGAAAUAUUUUAAUAAAAUUUUCUUAAUUAUCAUCCUUAAA